AUGACUCAAAGCGCCAAAAAUAUGCUCGUACAUCGAGCUCGAUUUAUGGAGCUCAAUGGUGCUAACAUAACGGCGCUGGCAUUUUCGCACGUCUCGAAGCUAGACAAAAGAACACCUUCGGAUUUGAGAUUGGCAUUAGGUAGAUCUAAUGGUGACUUGGAAAUUUGGAAUCCUCGCAACGGUUGGUGCCAAGAGCUCGUCAUACAAGGCGGCAAAGACCGCACGAUUGAAGGUCUAGUUUGGAGUAACGUGCCUGGUGAGUCGCUAAGGCUCUUCUCUAUAGGUGGCUCUACAGUGGUCACGGAAUGGGACUUGAAGACGGGACUUGCUUUGAAAAAUUACGAUUGUAAUGCGGGCGUGAUCUGGUCUUUGGCAUUGAGCAGCUCUCAAACGAAACUAGCUGUAGGUUGCGACAACGGCUGCGUUGUUGUCAUCGACAUUUCGGGCGGUUCUGGAGUCAUGGAACAUGAAGCCGUUUUGCAAAGACAAGACUCCAGAGUUCUAUCAGUAUCUUGGAAGGAAGAUGAGUUCGUCAUUGGUGGCUGUGCUGACGGUAGAAUCAGAGUUUGGAGUGCAUCAAAGAAUGAUGAAAUGAGAAGCCGCAUCAUACAAACAAUGAAGGUUGAUAAAUCAAAAAAGGAAUCCACACUGGUCUGGAGUAUCAUUUAUUUACCUAAACUCAAUCAGAUUGUGUCUGGUGACUCCACUGGAUCUGUCAAGGUUUGGGAUCUUCAGUACGCUACCCUCACCCAGACUUUCAAAACACAUGAAGCAGAUGUGUUGUGUUUGACAACUGAUGAAACCAACACUAAAGUUUUCAGUGCUGGUGUAGAUCGUAAAAUCUAUCAAUACACCUUAUCACCCGUGACAUCACCAAAGAAAAGUUUCAAAUGGGCCGUGGCUUCAAAUAGGUUGCUCCACUCCAAUGAUGUAAGAACAAUGACUUCAUACCAAUCGAAAGGCGCCGACUUUCUAGUCUCAGGCGGUGUUGAAAAAAACUUAAUCAUAAGCUCCGUAUCUACAUUUUCGGACGGUAAUUACACGAAGAUCUCUUACGCAAUGCCAUUCCACAAAAAUGUUCUUAUCAACAAGGAACAGCGCUUGUGUAUCAUGUGGCAGCAUUCCACAGUCAAGAUUUGGACUAUUGGAGGGGAAACAAAUAGUGACACGAACUAUAGACUGGUUUGCAAAUUGUCAUUGAAAGAUGAGCAAAACAUAACCACCUGCGCUCUGUCCCCUGAUGGACAAGUCCUGGUAGUUGCAAGACCAAAUGCUACCAAACUGUUCCAUUUACAACCCACAAAUGGUAAACUCAAGGUGACGAAAUUGGAUAACGAUUUUUUGCUAAAAACUGGAACCAAACACGUUCGGUUUAGCGAUAACUCGCAUGUAAUUAUUGUUUCCGCCAAAAAUGAAGUACUCCUCUUUGACCUUGAAGAUGACGAUGCAGAUGAAAAGCCCACAGAAAUUCAACUUCCAGAACUAACGGAAAAUAAGUCGGCUGCCAAGCUCCCUCAUACCACCUCUAUUAAUCACCUCGACGUUAGUGGCUCGUUUGUCGUAAUAACUCGCCUAUGUGGGGCUGUAGACUUGAUCAAUCUAAUUGACAAUUCUGUGAUUCCCAUCGCUCGUUUGAUGAAUCUCAUCACUGCCAUACACAUCAGUAAGAGAGAUACUGUCGUGCUCACAACAGCAGAUAAUAAGAUACUCGAAUUUUCAAUCAAAGAAACCGAAGAAGCUAGCAUAGGGACCAUGUCCGACUGGUGCAAGAAAAACAAAGAUGUCCUUCCAAAGGACUUCGAGCAUAUGAAAGGAAAGUGCUUGGGAAUUUUCAGCGGAAGUGCUGCCGAUGAUAGAAUGUGGUUCUGGGGAUUCAACUAUCUGGCGACUUUUGAUAUGUCGCAGGACUUGCCUGUAAAUACCAGAAAAAGGCCAAAGAAGCACAGAAUUGACGGGAAUACUGUCACGGAUGGGAACAAUUUUAUAGACGCGGGCGAAGAAGACGACGACGACGACGAAGAAGAACUAGCAGAUGCGCAGUCAUUUAUGAGAGACAGGUUAACCAGCGAUGAUACGACAAACCGUACUAGCAAAGACGGCAAGGCUUUUUUCAUCACCGAGAAAUACAAAUCCAUACUCAUGGCUGAAGAUUUGUCGGAUCAUGAGAUUAUAGUAGUAGAGAACCCAUUUGCUUCAAAAACAUUUUCAUUGGCGGCUUUUGAUUUGCCUAAAAUAAUACUUUAG